AUGAGUUUAACAUUUGGUCAAUUAGUUAUCGGUCCACCUGGAAGCGGGAAAACUACAUAUUGUCACGCUAUGACUAAAUUUUUAGAAGAACUUGGAAGAAAAGUAGCUGUCGUUAAUAUUGAUCCUGCGAACGAAAACAUGGAAUAUACACCAGCGGUAGAUAUAUCCGAAUUGAUCAAACACGAGGAAGUAAUGUCGCACUAUGGACUUGGUCCAAACGGAGCACUAGUGUACUGUAUAGAAUUUUUAGAAGCUAAUGUAAAAUGGCUAAUUACAAAAGUUUUAAAUUUGAAGGAUUAUUAUCUUAUAUUUGAUUGCCCAGGGCAGGUUGAGUUAUAUACACAUCACAAUUCAGUUAGCGUAAUUGCCGAGAAACUGGGACAAAACUUGGUAAGAUUAUGCAGUGUACAUCUCGUUGACUCCCAUCAUUGCAGCGAUGCUGGCAAAUACUUAUCUUCUCUAAUCCUUUGCACGACGACUAUGUUAAAAUUGGGUUUACCUCACGUCAACGUGAUGACUAAAUUCGACGAAAUGAAAAAAUUUAGUCGCCGCCUAGAUUUCAAUAUAGAUUUUUAUACAGAGGUGUUGGAUUUGAACUAUUUGUUAGAUAAAUUAGACGAAGACCCAUUUACAUCAAAGUACAAAAAAUUGAACGCAAGUUUCGUGUCGAUGAUACAAGAUUACAGUCUUGUUAGUUUUAUACCGUUAGAUAUUUCGAAUCGAGCAUUGUUAUUGCAAGUAAAAAAUGCAGCGGAUAAAGCCAAUGGUUAUAUCUUUGGCGGAAACGAGCCUCAAGAUGUUCAAACUUUACUCGCUUGUGCCGUCGGAGCAACGAGCGAAACUGAAAAAACGUCAACGAUGGAUGCAUAUUUUUAA